AUUCACACCCACUCUCUCUCUCUCUCUCUCUCUCUUCUUUCUCUCUCUUCACUUUCUCUCUCUGUGUGUAUUCAUUCUUCUGUCACCUCAUGCUGCUCUCUAUAUCAUUUAUUACCCAUGGAAAAAAAGUACAAUGCUAAUUAGUAUAUAAUAAAGGGGAAGAAUCAAGAAUGUUGAGCUGAUCACUAGUCUCUACACUUAUUAGUUUCUUCAAAAUUCUCUGUUAUUUUGGUUACUGAAAAAUAAAAAAUGGGGAGGAAUUGGGUGAUUCUUCUUGUGAUUCUUGUUGUGUUUCUUGCUGGGUGUUCAUCAGUUUCUGCAUCACCUGCUGCCAGAAUUGUUAGUGGGGUGGUGACAAAGGUAGUCUCCACCAUUUUCAAGCGGCUGUGGUCACUCAAAUCAGCUACCAAAACUGCAAUUCCGAGCCGUUCGAUGAUGAAAUUCGAAGGUGGGUACACAGUGGAAACGGUGUUCGACGGAAGUAAGCUCGGAAUCGAGCCGCACGCGGUGGAGAUCUCCGCCGCCGGCGAGGUUUUCGUUCUGGACUCCGAGAACAGCAACAUUUACCAGAUCUCUACUCCUUUGUCUCGACAUAGUAGACCAAAGUUGCUAGCUGGAUCGGCCGAAGGGUACAUUGGUCAUGUAGAUGGGAGAAUCGUAACGAUUGCGGGUGGCAACGUAGGGAGAGGAGGAGGACAUGUAGACGGUCCGAGCGCAAAUGCGAAAUUUUCCGAUGAUAUUGAUAUGGUGUAUGUAGGAAGUAGUUGUACGAUACUUGUUAUAGACAGAGGGAAUCAAGCGAUUCGAGAGAUACAAUUACACGAAGAUGAUUGUUCCCACCACGAAGAUGACAAUCUUCAUUUAGGGAUAGCGGUGCUUGCUGCAGCUUGUUUCUUCGGUUAUAUGCUCGCUUUGUUGCAACGUAGAAUCGCUUCGAUCAUUUCACACGACACUGAACCAACGCCGCCUUACGUAAAGGCAAUGCCACCUGCACCAUACAAGAGACCGCAUUCCAAAUCCGUUUUACCUCCACUAAUCCCCGACGACAGCGAAUACGACAAACAAGAAGAGGGCUUGCUCAGUUCAUUAGGAAGGCACACAACCGAGUUUUUCACCGGAAUAUUCUCUGGUUUCAAAAGAAAACCCACCGGCCACAAUCACACGCAGCAGCACCACCAUUACUCCCCUAGGCACGCGAGUUCCAAUCAUUGGCCCGUCCAAGAAAGCUUCGUCAUACCACACGAAGACGAACCCCCUCCAGCAGAAACGAGAGAUCAGCCAAUGUCGUCAAGAAAAGGGUACGCUAUUACGACCAAGGACAUGCACAAGGCUGCUAGGCAAUUCAACCAGAACCGCCCGUCGCCGUACUAUAGUGGUGGUGGUGGUGGUGCGUGGGAGGGGAAUUAUCAGCCGCAGCUGCACCAUCAGAAGCACCACCCUCCGGGCCCACAAACGCACUACGAGCGUCAGAAUGUCGAAACGGAGGAAAUUGUGUUUGGGGCGGUGCAAGAGCAGCAGCAUAGGGAGGAGGUGGUGGUCAAGGCCGUUGACUAUGGUGAUCAAAUGUAUAACAAUCAUAAUUUAAGGUCAAGAUCAUAUAACUAUAUGAGUUAUUCAUAUGGUAGCUCUAUAGCCAAUACUAUAGGACCACAACCAGAUCUUAAUUCCUUGUUAAAUACGGUUUUUGCUGCGGGAAGAAUUAACCGCGUUGAUUCUUCUCCCCCUGAUUCGAUGGCGCAACAAUCCACCGCGGAUUUCACAUCUAAAGACGAAGAUUCCGGCGACGAAUCCGCCGCCUUCUUCAACCGUGGGUGCUGCUGCUGCUUUUUCAGCAUCCCCUGUUUUAAAUCCGAUAAUUGGGAGCGAAUCUCGACUUCCGGCAGAGAACAACAGGACGGAAUUGAUCGGAGUUGGUGGGAUAAAGGUGUGGACGCCUUGAAAAAGGUGAGGGAAUGGUCGGAGCUUGUCGCCGGACCGAAAUGGAAGACGUUCAUCCGCCGGUUCAACAAAACCUCCGGCAAGUCCAAGCCGGGGAAAUUCCAGUACGAUCCCCUGAGCUAUUCGCUCAAUUUCGACGACGGACGGGGGCAAAACGGUCAGUACGAAGACGACGCCGUUUAUCGAGACUUCUCAUCGCGGUAUGCGGCGAUCCCCGCGCACAGCGGCCAAUUGAAGGAAUCCACCUCGUGCACGUGACAGUCACGUGAGAGGAAGAUUUAUUUAUUUGACGGUGGUCGGUGGAUUUAUUUAUUUAAUUUCAGUUUUCACACAUUUUUAUAUUACUAAUAUAUUGUUAAUUAAUUAGUUAAAUCUCUUUAUAAAUUCGUUUAGUGGAAACUGGCAACUGUUAAUGAUUGAUUAUUAUUCAUUAUACAUACUUUAGCUAGGAUGUCUACUUACUUGGUUUACAGUUUUACUGUAAUUGUUUCUUCAAGGCAACAAUGAAAAUAUAAUUUUAUUCUUUUUUUA